GGAGCGCGCCCGGCCGCCCGUCUGCUGCCCGGCGCGGAGCCGGAGAGGCGCGCACCAUGAGCGGCGGCGAAGUGGUCUGCUCGGGAUGGCUCCGCAAGUCCCCCCCGGAGAAAAAGUUGAAGCGUUAUGCCUGGAAGAGGAGAUGGUUUGUGUUACGCAGUGGCCGUUUAACUGGAGAUCCAGAUGUCUUGGAAUAUUACAAAAAUGAUCAUGCCAAGAAGCCCAUCCGUAUUAUUGAUUUAAAUUUGUGUCAGCAAGUUGAUGCUGGAUUGACAUUUAACAAAAAAGAGUUUGAAAACAGCUACAUUUUCGAUAUCAACACCAUUGACCGAAUUUUCUACUUGGUAGCAGACAGUGAAGAGGAAAUGAAUAAGUGGGUUCGUUGUAUUUGUGACAUCUGUGGGUUUAAUCCUACGGAAGAAGAUCCUGUGAAGCCAUCUGGCAGCUCCUUACAAGCACCAGCUGAUUUACCUUUAGCUAUAAAUACAGCACCACCAUCCACCCAAGUGGAUUCAUCCUCGGCUGUGCCACCUCCUCCAUAUCAGCUCAUUAACCUUCCGCCACACCUGGAAACUCUUGGCAUCCAGGAGGAUCCUCAAGACUACCUCUUGCUAAUCAACUGUCAAAGCAAGAAGCCUGAACCCACCAGCCAAGGGUCAUCUUUUGUUUCUGAAGAAGGAGAGGAAUAUCUACUCCUAGAAGAUUUUGAAAGCAAAACGAUUCCAUUGCAAACACACGCUGAUUCUGCAAAAUCCACCUCUUCUGAAACAGACUGCAAUGAUAACGUCCCUUCUCAUAAAAAUCCUGCUUCCUCCCAGAGCAAACAUGGAGUAAAUGGCUUUUUUCAGCAGCAAAUGAUGUAUGACUCCCCACCGCCUCGUGCUGCAUCUGUUUCUGUAGACUCUAGCCUCUAUAACCUGCCCAGGAGUUAUUCCCACGAUGUUUUGCCGAAGGUGUCUCCAUCAAGUACCGAAGCAGAUGGAGAACUGUAUGUUUUUAAUACCCCAUCUGGGACAUCGAGUGUAGAGACUCAAAUGAGGCAUGUAUCUAUUAGUUAUGACAUUCCUCCAACACCUGGUAAUACUUAUCAGAUUCCACGAACAUUUCCAGAAGGAACCUUGGGACAGACGUCAAAGCUAGACACUAUUCCAGAUAUCCCUCCACCUCGGCCACCAAAACCACAUCCGGCUCAUGACCGAUCUCCUGUGGAAACGUGUAGUGUCACACGCACGGCCUCAGACACUGACAGUAGUUACUGUAUCCCCACAGCAGGGGUGCCACCGUCUCGUAGUAAUACCAUCUCCACUGUGGAUCUGAACAAAUUGCGAAAAGAUGCUAGUUCCCAAGACUGCUAUGAUAUUCCACGAACAUUUCCAAGUGAUAGAUCUAGUUCACUUGAAGGCUUCCAUAACCACUUUAAAAUCAAAAAUGUAUUGACAGUGGGAAGUGUAUCAAGUGAAGAACUGGAUGAAAAUUAUGUCCCAAUGAAUCCCAACUCUCCGCCACGACAACAUUCCAGCAGUUUUACGGAACCAAUUCAGGAAGCAAAUUAUGUGCCAAUGACUCCAGGGACGUUUGAUUUUUCUUCAUUUGGAAUGCAAGUUCCUCCUCCUGCUCACAUGGGCUUCAGGUCCAGCCCAAAGACCCCUCCCAGAAGGCCAGUUCCUGUUGCAGACUGUGAACCACCCCCCGUGGAUAGGAACCUCAAGCCAGACAGAAAAGGUCAAAGUCCUAAAAUUUUAAGACCCAAACCCCAUGGUUUAGAGCGAACUGAUUCACAAACCAUAGGUGACUUUGCUACAAGAAGAAAGGCCAAGCCAGCACCUUUAGAAAUAAAACCUUUGCCAGAAUGGGAAGAAUUACAAGCCCCGGUUAGAUCUCCCAUCACUAGGAGUUUUGCUCGAGACUCCUCUAGGUUUCCCCUGUCCCCCCGGCCGGAUUCAGUGCACAGCACAACUUCAAGCAGUGACUCGCACGACAGUGAAGAGAAUUAUGUUCCCAUGAACCCAAACCUGUCCAGUGAAGACUCGAAUCUUUUUGGCAGUAACAGUCUUGAUGGAGGAAGCAGUCCUAUGAUCAAGCCCAAAGGAGACAAACAAGUGGAAUACCUAGAUCUAGAUUUAGAUUCUGGGAAAUCCACACCACCACGUAAGCAAAAGAGCAGUGGCUCAGGCAGCAGUGUGGCAGAUGAGAGAGUGGAUUAUGUCGUGGUUGACCAACAGAAGACCCUGGCUCUAAAGAGCACCCGGGAAGCCUGGACAGAUGGGAGACAGUCCACAGAGUCUGAGACACCAACCAAGAGUGUGAAAUGAAAAUAUUGUUUUGCCGUCUCUGAACAAAAGAGAACUGAAUUGUAAAGAUAAACCUUGUUUGAAGAUAAUUUGACACUUCUACUCUAGGUAGAUCCUCAACUGAGUAGAGUGGAAGUCAAAGGACCUUCCAGACAUAAUCAAGCAAUUCUGACUGUAAAUGGUGCUUUGUGGUAUCUGAACGAUUCAUAACAUGUAAAUAAUGUGGGAAAAUAGUAAUGUUUAGCUCCCAGAGAAACAUUUGUUUCAUAGUUAACACACUUGUUAGUAUUACUGUAUUUAUGCACUUUUUCAUUUACAACAUUGGUUUGGGUAUUCCCAAAUGUACCUUAACAUAAUUCCUUUGGGAGUUCUUUUUUUCCUCACACUACUCUAUAUAACAAUGUUAAGUUAACUAAGCUACUUUUAGAUUGGGAAAUUGCUCUUUAAACUGCAGUCUAACAACAUUAAAGUGAGAAGUAAAUUCACAGUUUACCUUUCUACCUGAAACUUCAGGUGAAUGGAAACUAUUAGCUUACGACCAGAGAAUAUAGUUGGCCUCAUGAUUCAUUGCCUUACAAAGUGCUGAGGAUAAUGUGUGUACUUGUGUCAGGACCUAGUUCUCUGAUUCAUGUACAUUUAAUUUUCAGUGGUGGGUCUUUAUUAUAUUUUGUUAAUUACAGUGUUUUUGAUUCAUUGAAUGAAGAUUCUGGCAGGUGGAAUCUUGCACCUUGGAAAGACUGAAUAAUUAUGCUCUCAAGUAAGCCUACGAAACUGAUGGCAUGGGGUGAUAUGUGCUGUCACACUUAUUAACGUGUAUGAAACUUUACAUUAUUUGCAAAACGUAGAUUAUAUAACUAGUCAGGUACGUACCAGGCACUGAUGUGCUAAUACACUGAUCAGGUUUAGACAUCAAGCUUUAGUUGUUUUCCUGUUGGUCCUAAUGUUGGUUUCCAGUUUGGAAUUAAUGGAACAGUUGACAUUCACUGUUAGUUAUAGCAACAUACUGUGAUUUUUUAAUUAGACAGUAACUCAGAUUUAUUACUCUCAGAAUGAAAUUUAAUCUUUUGACACCAUAGUGCCCUAUGAUUUUUUUUAACUUUACUUCAUAUUCUUCUCGGCCUUAUAUUUAAAUCCCUAUGCAAUUAAUAUUUUAUAUCUGUCUUUUUUAAACAAAAUAGAUGUUAUAUAAAUGAUUCUCAUAUGUAGCACCUAUUGCUUUUCCAGUAAAAGAAUUAAGAAUUUUGUACUGUGAUUUAUAUUCACUGCCCCAAUUCAAGAAAAUAUUGGAGCCUUACUGUAAUGUGAAAUCUUAGAGUCAUGGACCUCUUCCAGCCAGAUUUCUGAAACCACCAGAGGAAUCGUAUAAUUCUGUCUCACCUGUAACAUGGUCCUGUGACAUGGAUAUCAAGACCACAAAUUACAUAUAGUGAGGCUACGAUUAUAUUGAUCUGUCUCGGCUUUGCAAUGUAAUUUAGAAAGCAGGUAUAGUAGUUUGUGUGUGUGUUUGUUUAUUUGUUAACUACAUACGAUCUCUCAUGUAUGGAUUUGAGACUUACUAACAGAGUUGGAGGGGGCGUAGAGAUAGGAGUGCCCAGCACUGAGGCAGCAGUUCCUCAUUCAGACCUCUAACUGUUGCCUGAGUACACAGAUAUGCCCUGAUGUCUGGCCUCUUGGCCGUAGUGCUGUGCCUAAUCUGGGUAAUGGGUUUAUUUCCCCACUCCACAGACUGAACAUGUUCAUAACAAGAGGAAUUGUACACUCAUAUAACAUUUGAUACUUUUAAAUGUUUGCUUCUUUUUAAACAAAAACUAAAACCCGGAAGUGAAUUUUGAGGUGGAUUUUUAAAUAAAAAAGAUUGUUUGAGUUUGGUGUGUGCAAGCUGCUUUAUAAUGAAGCCACAAAAUCUGAAAUCAUUGAAAUGUGCCUAAACUACCAAAACACACAAACCAGUUGAUGUGUAAAGAUGCUAAAUUGUGUUAUAUGGAGGACACACGAAUUUUGAGAUUAAAAAAUAAAACACAACAAUAAAUAUAUUAAUUCAAAUAUAGAAAUCUUGUUUAAAGCUGCCUAUCA